AUGACCGACCUCGGCGGCUCCCUAGCCGUCGCCUCACGCGGCCUCUUCGCCACUGGCGUGUCCACAGAUCUCAGCGUAACCUACCUAGCCUCCGGCGGCAAAAUAGGCGACACGAUCAAAGCCGAAGUGACCUGCGACAAAUUUGGCAAAACGCUCGCAUACACAUCGAUCCGGUUCACGAACGCGAAAGACGAGCUGGUGGCGAGGGGGAGUCAUACGAAAUACGUGGCACUGGCCUGGAAAGACGAAAAGAACAUUACUGAUGAGCUCUCGCCCCGACCUGAGAAGACCGCAUGA